CAGCAAGUCCUGUGAAGCAAUAGCCAGGGGCUGAAGCAAACCCCAGCCCACACCCUGGCAGGCAGCCAGGGAUGGGUGGGUCAGGAAGGUUCCUGGUUGGGCCUUUGCAUCAGGCUCAGGUUGGGCAUAAAGGAGGCUCCUGUGGGCUAGAGGGAGGCAGACAUGGGGACCAUGAAGACCCAAAGGGAUGGCCCCUCCCUGGGGCGGUGGUCACUGGUGCUGCUGCUGUUGGGCCUGGUGAUGCCUCUGGCCAUCGUUGCCCAGGUCCUCAGCUACCAGGAAGCUGUGCUUCGUGCUAUAGAUGGCAUCAACCAGCGGUCCUCGGAUGCCAACCUCUACCGCCUCCUGGACCUGGAUCCGAGGCCCACGAUGGAUGGGGACCCAGACACCCCAAAGCCUGUGAGCUUCACAGUGAAGGAGACAGUGUGCCCCAGGACAACACAGAAGUCACCGCAGGAUUGUGACUUCAAGGAGGACGGGCUGGUGAAGCGGUGUGUGGGGACAGUGACCCUAAACCAGGCCGGGGACUCCUUUGACAUCAGUUGUGAUAAGCUUAUAAGUGGAGUUUUGGAGACUAUGUGGUAUCUGAUAUCUUUGGGGAACAGCUUCAAUACAACAUCCUGGUGACCGUGCACAUAUCCACAUAGGCCAUGCAGGUCUCAGCUGCUUUAAGGAAUAAAAACCUCCCUGGAGGCCUGCCUCCUCUGCAUUGCCCUGCAUUCCCUAAACUCCCAGCUGAGGAGACAGGUGGUCUCCUGGCAGCUGCAGUGCCUGUGUAAAG